AUGAGUUUUACCUCAGACUCUCCCGUUCUAACUCCAUCUACUCCGUCUGCUCCACUCCCUCUACGCAGCUGCGCGUUUUGCCGCCAGCGGAAAGUGAAAUGUGAUCGCCAGAAGCCCUGUUCUAACUGCCUCCGCGCCAAUAACGAAUGUUCAUAUCCCGCUGGUCGUGGUAGAGCUGCUAAAAGACUAACUCAAACGCUGGAUACUCGUCUUGUCGAUCGGCUCCAAAAAUUGGAAAACAUCAUCAAGCAACUUACUAGUCAGGUCGAUGCCACAGCCAAUACUCUUCCAUCUUUCAGUGUUACGGAUAGAGAGGAAAUUGGAUCGUCUCCGGGUGGCGUAAGAAAUUAUCCUUCGGGACUGGAUAACGCUGCUCCAGAUGCUUCCAUCGACCAGCAACUUGGUCGUCUGAUGAUAGACGAUAGCAAGAGCUACUACGUCAGUAACAUUUUAUGGGCAAACCUAGGAAACGAGAUCGAAGAAUUGCGCGACAUGCUACACGACCCCCUGUCUGAAGACGACAUCAACAACCCUAUUGAUGCAUCUGGGCUCAUGCCGGAAGCGGCCUCACCUCUCGGAACCAGCGCGUCAGUUCUGGGAUUUGGGUCGCUCUGUAAUUCUCUUCUUCCCUAUCAUCCACCUAUGCACCUAUCAGUCACUCUCUUGAAUGUCUUCAUCGAGAAUGUCCUUCCACUGGUGCAUAUUUUCCACAUGCCCACCACAGAACAGUGGUUUUGGGACUCCAUUGUCUCACUCGACACACUCGAUAGAAACGCAGAAGCUUUACUGUUUGCCAUCUACUACUCGUCAGUCAUCAGCAUGGAUGACGACCAGUGCUUAGGCGUCUUCGGGGAGUCACGUUCUACCGCACUUAAUAAGUUCCGCUUUGCAGUCGAGCAAGCUAUGGCCCGCGCAAACUUGCUGAGCACGCAGAGCCUCAUUCUUCUUCAGGCCGCUGUCCUGUUCCUCUCAGGCCUACGAAACGAGGAUGAUUCUAGAACAACAUGGUCUUUGACGUCGCUGGUUUUUCACAUCGCCCAAGCCAUGGGUCUACAUCGUGACGGAACAACUUUUGGUCUCAAGCCAUUUGAUAUAGAACUAAGGCGACGUCUCUGGUGGCAUAUAUGUCUACUAGACAUGCGCUCCUCUGAGUUUCAUGGAUACGAACCUAUAGUACGAGGUGACAUGUUUGACACAAAGCUUCCCCUCAAUAUCAACGAUAGCGAUAUCACUCCCCAUAUGACAGAAAGCCCUAUGGAGCGUGAAGGACAUACUCAGAUGACGUUCUGUCUCAUCCGUUGCGAGGUGAUGAGAGCUGGUUGGAAGGUUGGAUAUGCAUCACCAACUCCAAACUCGACAGCCACUGCAGCACGGGAUGAUGGCGAACCAAUUGUUCAAGAACUUAAGAGCCGAUUGGAGGAACGAUACCUACGUUACUGUGACGAAUCGGUUCCAUUUAUGCUGUUUACAUCGACAGUCGCACGGCUCAUGAUCGCCCGCACGUGGCUCGUUGUUCACUUUCCAAGCAAGACAAAGAAAACCUACGCCUCAACGAUUAUUCGAGGCCACCUAUUUUCCACCUCGAUUGAAAUUUGCUCUCGUCCAGCUUCGACAGAAUGCGAUCGAGCAUGGGAAUUUAUCAACACGGUUCAUAACCGAUGGAACAUGAACGAAAGCGGUAAGAGGGGCACUCUUUGGAGGCCGAUUCAGAGACUCAUGGUCAAGGCUCGUUAUGUACGGGAGAUGCAACAGCUGGAUCCGGGUUUCUAUCUCGCUGGAAGAAUGGCUACACCAGAUACGACACCCGUGCAGGCUGAAAGUGUUGGAUUGCAGCAGAAAACUCCAGAUUCAUACGGUAUGCCUGACAUGGCGAGUCCCAAUGGGUAUAUGGAUUGGAUGCUGGGAGAUCUCGGCAUAGACCUAUAUGGUGGGAUGAUGAAUGAACCCAGCUGGGGCUAG